AUUAAGCUGCGUUGCUGUUCUGUCAUAUAUGUUUCAUAUGUUAGGUAAUUCAUAGAUAAUUAUUGACAACACAAAUUACUCUACAAGAGGAAAAAACUAAAGGCUUAAAUUUGACUUGACAAAAGCUACAGAUCAGGUUUCUUUUUCUAGGUGUUUGAUUUACACCUAUAACCUUAUCUAGCUUAGUUAAAAAAAUUUUUGCUGACAUUUACAAUUGCUUAACUGAAUGGUGAAUAUUCAACUUCAUUUAUCUGGUUUGAAUCUGUACUUCUCAUUGGUCUUCCUCCUACUCUUACAACAUGCUUGUUUUAUUGACAUUUUGUUUCUUGAUGGUACACAUUUGGUAUUUAGCCCCAUAACCUUGUAGCCAUUAAGAAGGUAUAAGAGAACACCUGAAAAGUUCUUUGUCAUGUGAAGGUUGUUUUUCAUUUUCUCAUCUAUUUGCAUUUAUUUAUUCAUAGCAGAACACUUCAUCAGCUGUUAUGCAUCUAUCUCACUUUGUUUCUACUUGAAAAUCUCCCUGCAUAGGAUAGGUAAAUGAGUUAAUUUGGGAUGCCAUUGAUCUAAUUUACACUAUUCUUUAUGAUUUUUAUGCUAUAAAACUAAAUGAAUAUAUCCUUAGUUUGUUAAUUUUGAAUAUUUUAAAUGUAAAGCAUCUUUCGAGUUAUAUAGAACUAUAAUUUAAGACUCCUGUUGUCACAUUAAUCACACUUCCAUCACGAGGAGGCUUCCUUUUAUGAAAAGGUCACUAGAUUUGACAGCCAACCAAACACCUGUUAGGAUGGCCUUUAAUUCAUCUUGAAUUGGCUAAAGAAAAAUUUUUUAGUUGAUGUGGCAUUCCAUUUAGACCAUGUAAUUUAAAAUACUCCUCAAAAGGCUCCCAAUAAAGCAUCUUUACCCACAUGUUUUUUUGCAAAAGAAUUAUCUGUUUUCUGUUUUAAAGUACUGCAGGGACAGGUUGCAUGUCAGCCCUUCGGAGGCUGCUAAACAAACAGUAGUUCUUAGUGAAUCUUUUAGUUGUAAACUAUUUUUGUGAAAGUGAAAUUCUGAAAUUGUGAUCUGCAAUAAAGUGUGGUUGGCUGGUUUUUUCAUACGAGGUCUCACUGGGUUGAUAUGUGGGCUUAUUUUUAUGUACUAUUAAUUGCAUUAUAUUUGAUAUUCUAGUUCAAUUAUCACCCAUUCCUUUUGAAACCAUGGAAAGAAACAUCAUAUAUUGAAGCCUGUUUGUUUUUGAUUAAUUAGCUACUCCAUCAUCUAUUAUAACUGUGUUGGAACUAUAUGGUCAUUCCAAAUAUGUGCUUGAAGUGUGAGCCCUAAGGACAUUUUCCCUCUUUUGACCUUUCCUCGUGUCAUCCCUUUUGCUUAGAUGGAUCUUUGUCUUUGAUGUAAUUUAUUUGUUAUGUGAUAUGACUUUUAAUUAAUAGUAUCAGUUUGGUCCAACAUCUUGAGCAACUUCUCCACUCUAUGAUGCUAAAGCUAGGCGAAACAGGAUUUGAAAAACAAAUUUUAGGUAUUUUAAAGUUGAAAAUAAGGUUCUGGAGACUAAAACCUGAAACUCCAACUUGGAAUUUCUAAAGAAUUGCAAUGUGACGCUGGUAGACAAAUCUAAUACAAUGUUGUUGUAGACAAAUUGUGUUUUUAGUUAUUCAAAUAAUUUAAAUACGACAACACUUGGCCAAAAGCUCUACAUCCGCGGCACUUUUUGCUGCAACUCCAUCCAAACAGACAUUCUAUCAAAUAUUUAACUAAUCUUUUUUUCUAUCCUUCAUGUCUAAACUGUGAUACUGGUUGGAACAUGCUUAAUCAUCCUCAUUGAUUUCUUAACUUUCAAUCUAGCCUGGUUUUGAUCAUAAUCUCAAGUUUUUCUAGUUCAAUUUUGUUGAGCAUGAAGUCCAAAAGAUAUUUUGGAUUGAUAUAGAAUAUAUUAUAGAACUUCGUUUGGAUUUCUCAUUGAAUAUACUGUAUGAAAUGGAGAGAUUUCCAAUAGCCUUGAUUUUGCAAAACGCUGUACGAUGUAUUUUCAUCACUCUGAAUAUUUGGACAUUGUCUUUGUUUUCCACUCUCUUUUUUUUUUUUUUUUAAAUGAAUAAUUUUGCUUUCUUCUUCUUCUUCUUCUUCUUCUUUGAAGAUUUGCUCAUCUCCUCUUCUGUGAUUUUCCUUCCUGCUAUAUAAUAAAAGUUACUUAUCAUAAGCAGUGAUAAAGUUGGACUUGCUUCAUUACAUGGGAGCAGCUUUCAUACGAUCUAGUUUUCUUGUUUCACAAGUAUCAAAAAAUUAGACUAUUUGUUUGGUUUUGAUGAGCUUGCUAAUCAAAUUUGGACUUAUUAUUAUCAGAAUCUGGCUAUUCCAGUAUCAGGCAAUAAUAUUUGUGAAAUGCUUCGAAGUUGGUGGACUAGGACUUCUCUAGAUAAUGCAAUGGAAAUUAUAAGAAUAAUGCUUCCAUGUCUUGUCUUCUGGGAAUUUUGGAAAGAACGAAAUAAGAGAGUAUCAGAAGGUUUUAGUCAUAUUAUCUGUGCGUCGAUAUUUGUGAUCAAUCAUUCAAAGCGAUGUUGAGAUAGAAAGGGAUGUAAAUCAUAGGAUUCAAGCAAGAUGGGUGAGGUGGCGAAGUGCGUUGGAUGUGUUGUGCAAUUGCAACAUGUCUUUCAAGUUAAAGGCAAAGUUGUAUAAAACAACUGUAAGGCAUGCAUUGUUAUAUGAGAUUGAGUGUUGGACUAUUAUUAAGAAACAACAUAAGAAGAAAAUGAGUGUAGUGGAGAUGGGAAUACUUAGAUGGAUGUGUGGUAAGACAAGAAAAGACAAAAUAAAAAAUGAAGAGAUUUGAGGAAAAUUAGGGGUAGGCUGAAUUGAGGAAAAGAUGAGAGAAGGCCGUUUGAGAUGGUUUGUUUGAGAUGGUUUGGAUAUAUGAAACGUAGGCUUGUCUGUGCACCAAUUAGGAGAACUGAGCUUCUGGAUUUGGGAGAGACCAAAGCUUCUAAAGGUAGUCCAUGAAAACGUGGAUGCAAGUAAUAAGAGAUGAUAUAAGGGUUAAGGAAGUAGAUGAAAAGAUUGUUUUUGAUAGAAAUGAGUGACGCAAGAAGAUUCAAAACUACAACCUAACAUAAUUCCUUUUUUGGCUUUUCAUACAGUUGAUCCCAGAGUUAUCGGAUAUAAGACUUAGUUUGUUGUUGUUGUUGUUGUUGUUGUUGUAGCCAUAUUAACCUAUUGGCAAGAAAACGCUAACUAUUUGAUGAUAAUAAAAAUAAAAUCUUCUCAUGUGAAUAUUUACUCUCAGUACCUAUUCUGGUUGUUGGGCACUAGGGCUAGCUUAUGACCUCUCAGAAUCUGAGUAAAAGUAAUUAAAGUGGUUUUCUGAGGUAUAUUUUUUCUAGUUUAUGUCAGCUAGCAUGAGUUUAUUUAAGCAUUGUAUAUGUUUACCCUAUCCUUUUCUGGCCACAUUCUUACAUUUCAUAUUGCUGAACCAACUUGCUAUUGUUGACUUUUUGUUUUUCGUAUUGCUGAACCUACUUUUUCCCCCUUCUGGCCAAAAUAGUUGAGCAAGCUGGCUGAUUGAGGCAACUAUUUAAGAUUUUCUUAUGCAAUAUAUAUAGUUGGUAUCUUCUUCAAUUACAUAAUGUUAUCUAAAGUUGGAACCACUGAAAAGGAAACAAAACAGUGGAUGAGGAUAGUUAUUGAUAGAUUGGUUCAGAGGAGAAUGAUAACAAAAGGCCUCACUCUGUUGUACGGAUUGCACAUGGCAAACCUAUGAUUGAUGCUCGAAUUUUAGAGCGGUUCUCUGCAGAACCAAAUAGUGAUAUUGAUUGUGGGAGGGUAAAGAACUUGGACAACCAAUUGAUGCAGCAGAACGAACCACAUGAUCAUUCUGAGGAAGUCUGUAUGAAGCAUGGGAUUUGCUCCCAUGAGGUUCUUCGGGACAGAGAAUCAGAUUUGAAUUCCAAUGUGGAUUGUAAUAGGAUGAUGAAAAAGGCAUCAUUUAAGCUUUCAUGGUGGUGCAAGGGUGAGAAUAGUGAUCAGCACAAACAUGACAUUGUCUCUUUUGAAAAAGGGAAUAUUACAACGGCAGAGCGCAGCAGUAAACAGAUUUCUCUGAAGUGGGAAUCUGACCCGCAAACUGUGCUUAUUUUGACAAAACCAAAUUCAGUUUCUGUUCGAAUUCUUUGUGCACAAAUGGUCAGAUGGUUGAAAGAAAAGAAAAAGUUAAACAUUUAUGUUGAACCACGCGUGAGAGUUGAACUUCUGACGGAGUCAUCCGACUACGAUUAUAUACAAACAUGGCAAGAUGACGGGGAAAUCUUGCUUCUACACACGAAAGUUGAUCUUGUGAUAACUCUUGGUGGUGAUGGAACUGUUCUAUGGGCAGCAUCAAUGUUCAAGGGACCUGUUCCUCCGAUCGUUCCAUUUUCUUUAGGGUCUUUGGGCUUUAUGACUCCUUUUCAUAGUGAACAUUUCAAAGAAUGCCUUGAUUCUGUCCUGAGGGGACCCAUCAAUAUAACAUUACGACACCGCUUGCUAUGCCGUGUUGUUAGAGAUGCAGCUAAAAAUGAGUAUGAAACCGAAGAACCUAUUCUUGUUCUGAAUGAGGUUACAAUUGACCGUGGAAUAUCAUCAUACCUCACUAAUCUGGAAUGCUAUUGCGACAAUUCUUUUGUCACAUGCGUGCAAGGGGAUGGUUUGAUUUUAUCAACUACAUCUGGUAGCACUGCAUAUUCAUUGGCAGCUGGAGGAUCAAUGGUCCACCCUCAGGUCCCUGGUAUCUUAUUCACACCAAUUUGUCCACAUUCAUUAUCCUUUCGACCUCUGAUAUUGCCUGAGCAUGUAACAGUGCGAAUAAUGGUGCCUUUUAAUAGUAGAAGCCCUGCUUGGGCAUCAUUUGAUGGCAAGGACAGAAAACAGUUGGCCGCUGGGGAUGCUCUUUUGUGCAGCAUGGCACCUUGGCCAGUGCCUACAGCAUGUCAAGUUGAUUCUACUAAUGAUUUUUUACGCAGCAUCCACGAUGGUCUCCAUUGGAAUCUGAGAAAGACCCAGUCGUUUGAUGGCCCUCGUGAUUUAUAGGACAUUUAUCCCAACUUCAGUUCAGCAUUUCUAGUUGGAAUUUAACUUAUAUAACAUUCUUCAGUCAUUGUAGGAAAGGGGAAAGCAAAUUCAAAAACUGAAAUGUCUAGUUCUUAUCAUGUAUUAUAAGGAACAGUACUCUAUUUGUCCUUCUGCUGAUGAAAACGAAAAUUGUAGUCGAACCGUGUCUAUGUUAAUCAUGAAAUAAAUAGAUGGUUGGUUAAGUGACAAAAAAGGGUAUUUUUUUUUGUUGUUGUUUGGGUUAGAAUUUGUUGAGAGGUUGUAGGAAGGUAAUUUUUUUUUAUAAAUCGUCAUGCCUAUCGUGCUUAACAUGAAAAAGCUUGCUUGGAUUGAUUCAAAAAGGAAAUGUAAUGAGUAAAAUUCAAGAAUUAUUGCAUUGGAUUUGUCUGAA